AUGUCUCCUUUGACAGCGUAUCACUCCCUCCUCCUGUCCAACCUCUCCACCGUCCAAACCAUCGAAUCCGGUCUGGGCAACAUAACGUGGUUCUUACCAGGUCGAUUCGAAGAUGCUGAACUAGCUUCAGAGGGGUUAUACGCCUUGUUAGGCUUAGUAUCGAAUUAUCACGAUCAAAUCCUUCAUUCUCAUAUCCCUCGCGAAUUGUCUUUACCACCUCAUCCAUUUAUAGAUCAGUCAAAGCUCCCUGAUUCGAAUCGCACAGGUAUCAGUAGAAAUAGUAGUACGGUAGGAAGGAUAUCACCUUUACUUCCUGCUGAAUCUGAACAUACUCGAUACACACGAUAUUGGACAAAGCGAUCCACAACCUACAAAAGAGCCGGCAAAGCAUUGAGUACGAUCGGGUAUCUGGAGUUGGUGGUGGAGAUGAUUGCGAAGAAGAAAGGUGGAGAUAGAUUUAGAUGGAGGGUUGUAUUGUUCAUCGAGCUAAUCAAAACAUUCCUCCGCCUGACCAUUCUGAAAAUUACCAAAAGACCCGUCCUAUCUUCUCCUAUCCCUCAACGAGAAAUCGAUCCUUCCUCUCUACCUUCCGAAAUUCUAUCCUCUUCUUCAUCAUCGGAUGAAGAUCAAUCAACCAGCAAGAUAAAAGCAGCCCCCCUAACACAGUUGCUUACACCCUACGCACCAUUGAAAGAUCAUCUAUACCCUAUGAUCGAUAAUCUCCCGGAAUCUCAUAAGACCCAUCCGCUCAACCUAAUCAAAGAGCUCAAAGGGAAAGAAUACAUCUCGGAAAUCAUAUGGAGUUCGGUAGGGUUGAUGCAUGUAUUAUUACUUACGAGGAGUUCUCGCCAAUCCAAUGCUUCAGCGUACAAACCCCUCUCUCUACCCACCCUCUCCCGCUCAUAUAUCCCUUAUCUAUCCACACUCCGUCUCCUCCUACUCGCUAGGGUCUUGCGUCCUUCUCAUAAAACCUCAAAUCUCGGUAUGACCCAUAACUCCAGCCAAGAUAGGAAGCUGCUAGCCAGGGCAUUCUUAACCGGUCCAAUGUGGUUGGGAUUCACCCGACCAAAGGUACUGGGUUUGACGAGGCUGGUGGAGAAGAUACCUAUCGUAGGGCUUGUGGGUGAUUUGGUCGAGGGUUAUCUACCACUGGUGGAUGACUACUUCUAUUGUGAGCUGUUGUUUCAAUCGUAA